AUGGUAAAAUUAAGAUCGACCUCCACACAUUUUUCUGUCAGAAAUUUUGGUAAUUAUUUACGAGGACCUGUUAUUGGAAUUAAUUUUGGAUUUACAAAUUCCUCUGUUGCCAUUUUAGAGGAAAGAAAAGCAAAGGUUCUCAAAAAUGACGAAGACUCUUUCACAACUCCCUCAGUUGUUGCCUUCAUUGGAAACGGAGAAUAUUUAGUUGGUGCUCCAGCUGUUAGACAGGCUGUUUUGAAUAGUCAAAAUACUAUUUUUGUUAUUAAACGAUUAAUUGGACUUAAAUAUGACGAUAAACAAGUUCAGGAUUUUAUGAAAACCGUCCCAUACAAAAUUGUAAAAUCUUUUAAUGGUGAUGCUUGUAUUGAGAUUCAAUCAAAGCUUUAUUCUCCUUCACAAAUUGUUUCCUUUAUUUUACUAAAAUUGAAGCAGACAGCCGAAAAUUAUUUAAAUAAAAAAGUUGGGGAUGCAAUAAUUACAAUUCCUGGCUAUUUUAAUGAUUCACAAAAACAAGCAUUGGAAGAAGCUGGUAAACUUGCGGGAAUGAAAAUUUUACGGUUUGUUGAUGAUUCUGCUACUGCAGCUGCAAUUGAUUGUGAUUAUGGACGAGGAUCACGCGAAAUUGCUGUUUGUAACUUAAAUGGAGGCAUUUUUGAAUUUUCCAUUUUGAGGGUUCAGGAUGAGGCUUAUGAAAUUUUGUCAACUAAUCACAAUCCUUUACUAAUUGGCGAUGCUUUCAAUAAUACUAUUGUAAAUUAUUUUGUUUCUGAAUUUGAACGAGAGAAUGGAAUUGAUUUGAGCAAGGACCCUGUUGCAAUUCAACGCUUACGUAAAGCUUCUGAAAAGGCAAAAUGUCGACUUUCAAGUUGUACACAAACUGAAAUUAUUCUUCCAAAUAUUUUUGUUGAUACUAAUGGACCUCCUAAACAUUUUCGAAUAAAAUUGACUCGUUCAAAAUUUGAGGAGUUGACUGAAAAUUUGAUACAAAAAAUUGUGCAACUUGCUCAAAAAACAUUAAAUGAUGCUAAAAUGGCAAAUCAAGCAGAUGAUAAGGAUUUACAAUUAAACGAGGAGGAGGAGGAUUUACAAUCUACUGGAGUUACCUCAGUUUUGAUCAUUGGAGGGAUGUCUAAAGUGCCAAAGAUUAGAAAUGUUAUUGAAGAAAUUUUCAAGAAGGAAAUAUCUGAUUCUCAACUUGAAGAUGGAGAAAUUUCAACUGGAGCCAUUUAUUUAGGUGUUCUUUUUGGUGAUAUAAAUUAUUUGGAUGAUAGACGAACAUCUAAAAAUCGAAUUUUUACAAUGGCUUCACAAAAAAUGUUUAUUGGAGACAGAAAAGCUGUUGGAUUACAAAAUCUCGCUAAGCAUGUUUUUAUUUUUAUUAUUUCUCCAAAGGAAAAUUUUUUCUUAUAGUUUUGGAGAAUUAUUACAAUUAUGAUUAAAGAAUAUUAUAUUGCAUUGCAUAUUGAUAUUCGAUCAAAAAAAGCAACACGAACAUUAGGGUAUUUCGUUACACGUUUUUCUGAUGAUAGAGAAUGCUGGCGCGCCAUUCUCGAUGCUGAUAACUAUGCUAAACAUGGACCUGAUUAUUAUUAUGAUACUGGUGAUCCGGAAUACUUAUGCAACUAUGUUUACAAUUUUUUAAAGAAUUUUUUGUUUAUUAAAAAGAAAAAAGUUUGGACUAAAUUAAAGCCUUUUGUUUAUAGA